AUGAUCAUUUUCAUCAGAUUACUCGGUGCUAACAUUGUCGAUUCUCUCAAAUUCGACAAUGUUGAAAACUCAACCACCAUUGCCGAAAUUAAAAAACUUGUCCAUCAAGAAACCAAUUUAACACCAACCGAUAAAGUCAUUUGUUAUUUCAACAAUGUCGAAUUAACAUCCAAUGAUAUUACCUUGUGGGAUUUAUCGGUGAGAAAUAAUCAAACGAUUACCAUGGUGAUUGAACGUGAUACACAUGCAGAAAAGUUUAAAGUGUUAAAACCUAAAGAAUUGGGUGUAUUCAAAUCAUUCAUCAAUGAAAAAGGAGAACAUCAAGACACUCUCUUAGCACACAUCUUCUCCUUCCUCACUGCCAAAGACAUUGCUCUCUCGAUUGAACUCACCUGUCGUCGUUUCCGUAUUGCUACCAUUGCUCAUCACGAUAUUGCUUGGGAACCCUUAGUGAGACAACUCUAUGCUCGACACGAUGCUGCUUCCUCUCCAGCCACAAUUGCCUUAUUGAGUAAAACAAGUUCGAGUGCUGAAAAAGAAGAUGCUGAAAUUGGCUCUGAUGAAAAGGAAUCGAAAACCAUUCUUCAUUUCAAAGGAAUGGGAAUUGAUUGUCGAAAAUUGUACAAACAAACCAUCGUGAUUGAAAAAGUUUGGGAACAUAUCAAAAUGCUCACUCCCAAUCAACAAUCUUCUGGAGUCUUUUCACUUGAGAAACAACGAGAUUUGUUGAAUACUCAAAUUGCUCCCAAUGUGAGACAAGUGAAAAUUAAGAGAAAACCCAAAGAACUGACCGCAGAAGAUGAAGAAUUUCUCAAACAACACGAUUUGAAAAAACUCAAACUCGAUGUUCGUUCUCGAGCUAAAAAGAGUAAAGAAGAGAGAGAGGCCGAUCUUGAAAGAUAUUCUCGAUUCAAACGAUUGUCCAAAAGAAAAGAAGAAAUGGAACAUGGAACUUGGCAAGUCGUUCCCGAACAUUUACUCACAUUGAGUUAUGAGGAAUUGAUGAAACAUAGUUUUUCAUUCCGCAACAACAAUGUCUUUGGUUUUUACAACGAUAGAGGUCAAUAUUUCAUUGUGAAAAACAAGGAUGAAUUACUCUAUGUAGGUGAAUUGGAAAUUGUUGGUGACAAGUUCAAAAUUGCACACAUUCUCUGCAAUAAUUCUCAAUUGAGUGAUAAACAAAUUGCUCAAGAAUUCUUCCAAUAUAUGGCUCAAUGUACCACGAGUCAUAUCGAAGAGAAGAAACUCAUUCAUUUGAGUGUCAAUCCAAAGGGUGUUCAAGGUCUCUUUGUCGAUGCCAUUCUCGAUGUCUUGAUUACUUUACGUAAAUUUGAACAAGGUCAAGCAACAACAACUUGUGAACGUCCUCGUAUUGAAGUGAAAGAACCUGAGAAAUCACUUGAAAAGAAAUCUCAACAAAUGGGUCAUCAGAAAGGUCCUCUUCAACACUCUGUUUCUACCAUUGAGUUGACCGAUGAAGAAAAGAAUGAUCCAGAAUUUGAUCGAUUCACUUUUAAUGCUACUGUCAUGGCCUUUAAGGAAGAAGAAGGAAUUGAUGCUUCGAUGGAAUGUCUUGUUGAGACCUAUGUCGCUGCUUUCAUUCAAGCUUUGAAACAUGACAGUGUUGGAACUCUAGGUCUUCCUUUGUGUGAACAAGUAUUCUUUAGAAAGUUAAAGAAGGAAGAAGAAGAAACUUCUAAAUUUGGUAUUGCAUUGGCUCGGGCUGUCACUAAAUAUUUGCAAGAGACUGAAAAGACUCGUACUCAACAAGGAGCUGGUAGUAGCUCAUCAGCAGCAGCAGCUGAAGAGGAAGAACUUUCUGUGGAAGAGUCAUUGAGAGCUUCAUCUAAAAAGAAGAAGAAGAAGGUCUUUAGAAAGAUGGUCUUGGCUGUUGAGAAUGAAGAGGAUAAGCAACGUGUCAUUUCUAAUAUUGCUUCCUUCUAUGAAACUCAUUGA